UUUAUAAUUUUACCAAAAACAUGGCCGGUGGAGUUUACAAAGACGACGACCCUUCACUGACGCCGGCGGCAACCGGCGACGAGGCGCUACAACCCCCUCCAGUACGCCAUGCCUCACGCCGCCGCCACCGCCGCUGCGGCGGUCCCCCGCGCCGCUCUGCUCACUAUCUCCGUGCCGCUCCGUGACUUGCUCGCCGCGGCGCCGUACGAGCCCCCCGCGGGCUCAUCCGCAUCCGUUAAGGCCCUCCUAGCCUCCCUCCUCCCUUCGCCUUCCCGUUCCCCGCCUCAGGUCCAGGCGCCGGCGGGCAAGGAGGCCGGGGACCUCCUCCUCUUCUGCGCCGCCGUCCUCGCGGCCUCCCCGGAGUACCCCGCCCUGCACUGGGUCCCGGCGGGCCUUGUGGGCGCGGCUGCCGCCGCGGUGAAGGAGAUGGCGGCGGCGGGAGGUUGGGGCAGCGUCGUGGAGAUGGUGGUGGCUGUGGCGCCGGAGGUGGUGCCUCCUCUCAAGGCCGUGGUGAAGGACUCGUGCGUCGACGCUGACAGCGACGAGAUUGGCGCUGUGAAGCCGCCCAAGGAACACGUGGCGGUCGCCGCGCACCAGUUCCGGUGGCUGGUGUCUCAGGUUAGUUACCCUAAGCUUGGGGAUUUGUGUUGGUUAGUCAUUCCAUGUGCCCUGACAACCUUGGAUCAUUGGUCACCAGAAAUUAAGGAACAGGGAAUGGUUGGUUUCGUACACAUAGCAAAGAAUGUGAAAGUAACAGAAUUAAGUUUGUACGAAGAUGCCAUACUUGACGCUUGCUGUCAGAACAUUCCUGCGGACGAUGAGUUAUGGUACCAAGUUAUUGAGGUAUCUGUGCUGUUGCUAACAUGCACACAGCAGAGCAAUCCCCGUAGCCCUUGGUAUGAUCGAAUGCUUAGUGAGAUGUUGGGCCACCUGGAACGGCAGCCACUAAAUAAAGAGCGCCGUGUUGCAUGGCUGACCCUUAUUGGGCCAGUUUUUGAUGCUAUGGGCCUUUUCCUAUUGGCACAUUUUCGCCGCCUUUUCUCACUCUUUUUCCAAUGGAUGCAUACUGAUGAUGAUAAGACAGUUCUUCUGACUUUAAAGCAAAUCCAUGCCAUUGUCAAGCUUACCUGGAUCAGGAAGUCACCUUAUACUUCAAGACUGGUGGAUGAGCUUGUUCUAUUAUAUAAAGAAUCGGCGACAAGGAGCAACCGUGAAGUCAUGCGAGAGCAUAUCCUGGAGAUACUUGUACUGCUUCAGAACUGCAAGGGACAACAGUUUGAGGAAGCUUGGAAGAAGCAUGAACUAGACCCAGACUUGACGAUGCUGAUGUCCACUUUCAGUGACCUUUGUAUAAAAAAUAGUUCACCAUGACGUUGAGUUUUACUAGGUGUUAUCAAAUCAGUGUAAAUAUUUCACCACCGCCUAUUCUGCCAUUAAAUAUUUCGCCAUUGCCUAUUCUUCCAUUCUCAUCAGCUGAACGAAAACCAGCCUUGACUCUUGUUGCAAAUCCCUUUGAAAACUUCUAAGUACUUGUAGGGGCA